UUUUAUGGCCAUUUCCAAUGGCAUGAUAUCUCUAACACUUUCUCCUCCACUUCCAUCCUCAAACAAACCCCCCCCUAAUUCCAUCUCCACCUCAAUCAACACCAUCCGUGUUGCCUUCCAAGGCUCUCCCGGCGCUUACUCCGAAUUCGCCGCUAAAACCGCCAUCCCUUCUUGCACCACACUCCCCUGCCGUUCCUUCUCCGACGCCAUCUCCUCCCUCUCCCUCAACCUCGCCGACCACGCCAUCCUCCCCGUCGAAAGCACCAUGGAAGGCACCGCCCUUCGCAACUACGACUUCCUUCUCCGCCACCCUCUCUUCAUCACCCAAGAAAUCAAUCUCUUUGUCCAUUACUGUCUUCUUGCCAUCCCCGGCGUCCUUCCCACCCACCUCAAAACUGUUAUCAGCCAUCCUAUGGCCCUUGCUCACUGUCACCGUUCUCUCACUCGUCUCGGCCUCAACCGUCAACCCGUCGAAGACACUGCAGGUGCUGUCGAGAUGCUUCUCGACAACCGUCUUCUUGACACCGCCGCCAUCGCCAGCCCUCGCGCUGCCCAACUUUACGGCCUCAAUGUUCUCGCUCAUGGCCUUCAGGAUGAGUCUUGGAACGUCACUCGUUUCCUCAUCCUCUCCAAACACCCCAAUAACAAUAACAACAACAACAUUGUAGAUCCAUUAACACCUGCUGCUGCUGCUGCAGGUGCAGCAGCAGCAAAUCAUGAUGAACAAAUAGUUAUUAGGAAAACAAGCAUAGUCAUUGCACACAGAGGUGGAUGCAUGCUUGUGAUUCUCAAAGUUCUCAAAGCAUUUUCUUCAAGGAAUUUAAACAUGACUAAACUGGAGGUUAUAAAUCAUGAUGAGGAAGAAGAAGGGAAGUCUCCGGUGAUGAUUUUGGAUGUGCGUUUGGAUGGGAAGAAAGGAUCUCUUAGAGCUUUUCCUCAUGUUUUGUAUGUUGACUUUGAAGGUUCCAUGGAGGAUUUUAGAGUCAGGGAAGCCAUUGAUGAGAUCUCUAAGUUUUCUGUGUUUGUGAGAAUUCUUGGUACUUAUUCUGCUGAUCCUAAUGUUUAUGAUCUUCAUUAUUAAUAUAAUUUAUUGUUGGGAUUGGUUUUUACUUUUUA